CGCCAAAUUAAAUGUACUCCUCCCUGACGUUGAAGCCUGAAGUCAUCUGUUCUCUUCAAGGCGCCAGCUCAGAGGAACUAGCUAACCCCGGCCUGGACACACAAGUCCUCACAGAGAAGCUACAGGUCGGAAAAACAGGCGGAGAAGCGACACAAUAUUCAUUUAUUAACUUAUUUGUGAGUGAACUUCAAGUGCAGCAUCUUGGGGUUUACUCAGAAACACACACCCAACCCCUGAGUAUAAUGCCAGGAAAAAGGGAAGAAACAGAACCAAAGUCUGUAGCUCCCGAGGCGACCAAAGAAAAUACAGUACGACCGAGGAAGAGGAAGGCAGAUGUUGCCAUUUUUUUACAAGAUCUGGAUGAGGAGGUAGCAGAGAUGACAAAGAAGAAGCAGCGUGACUGUGAGGCCAGCUGGAGUCCUGAGGCCGGUUACACGAGUCCACACAGGUGGAUCCCCACACCUGAUCAGGAAGACCAGCCAGUCUCCCUAUUAAAACCUGGCUUCCCCCUCUACAGUUUUAAUAAUGUAUUUGCAACUCCUGUUCGCUGUGCUCCACUCCCUGCGCUGUGCUGGGCCAGUAAAGAUGUGGUUUGGAGCAACAUGCUGGAGAAGGAUAAGGCCUACACCAGGGAUGUCAACAUGAUGGAGAAACAUCCUCAUCUGCAGCCAAAGAUGAGGGCGAUCCUUCUGGACUGGCUCAUGGAGGUGAGUGAAGUGUACAAACUGCACAGAGAGACGUACCACCUGGCUCAGGACUACUUUGAUCGCUUCAUGGCCACACAGAGAAAUGUCUUCAAAUCAACACUGCAGCUCAUUGGCAUCACCUGUCUCUUCAUCGCUGCUAAAGUAGAGGAGAUGUAUCCACCUAAGAUCUACCAGUUUGCAUAUGUCACAGAUGAAGCCUGCACUGAGGACGAGAUUCUCAGUAUGGAAGUCAUUAUUAUGAAGGAGCUGAAGUGGAGUCUCAGCCCUCAGACUCCCAUCUCCUGGCUUAAUGUUUACAUGCAGGUGGCUUACCUGAAAGAGACAGAUGAGCUGCUCAUCCCCAGGUACCCACAGGAGACCUUCGUACAGAUCGCAGAGUUGUUGGACUUGUGUAUGCUCGAUAUGCGUUGCCUUGAGUUUUCUAACGGCAUCCUCGCUGCUUCCGCCCUGUUUCACUUCUCCUCUCUGGAGCUGGUGGAAAACGUCUCGGCUUUAAAAAGGGUGGAGGUGGAGGAGUGCGUCAGGUGGAUGGUGCCGUUCGCCAAAGCUCUGCGGGAGAUGGGUGGGUCAACAAUGAAAACAUUUCCAGGAAUUCCUGCAGACUGUAUGCACAACAUCCAGACCCACACAGCCUACCUGACAUGGCUGGAAAAGGCAUACUCUUACCAGGAUGAGGAGCUGGAGCGUCACAGCAGCUGUCCUGUCCCGUCAGGAGUCCUGACUCCGCCUCUGAGCAGUGAAAAAACAGGAGAAGAGGAGUUGGUGAGGGUGGAUGCUGCGACACUGAAAAUCAUGCCCAGGAUGCGUACUCCAUCCCCACGUUUAGUUCCACAGUAAAGAAGCCGACUCACUGAGAACAUCAAGAUAACAAAUCCUUAUUAAAUUUCUGCAUUAAAGUGGAGAAAGAACUCGUCUGUGACGCCUCCACCCUACCAGGACGCCCGUGUUUGAUGGGAAGCAUCGAUGGAAACAGUAUUUUCUCCUUUUCGAGUUAUUCCUUUAUUACUUGGAUCCAGGUGCUUUUAAAUGUGGCUGUAGUAGGAGAAAACACUGACUCUGGUUACAGAUGCUGCCACACAGUGAGGAAAUCUCCUCACAACUAUUUAACCUUUAUUCUGGAUGAAACACAAAUCUAAGAGUCGUUUGGGAUUGGACGACUCAGAGGAGAUUUUGAACGGCAUGGCAGUUCCAAACGCAUGCAUGAAUUACCAACCACACCUUGAUUUACUGGUUGCCUUUUUUAUUUCCUAUGCAGAGACCAAAUCAUUCAGAUAUUUGAGUCUCUACUUGAUUUAUUUUUUAAAGUGUGCAUGUGUGAUGAGACAGGAAGGGUUGCUGGUUUCUCUUUUAUUGGCCUCAUUUGCCCAAAACUAUUCCUAGGGUCAUCUCUGGCUCUAUGUGCUGCUAUAAAGUGGGCUUUCUAUGAUGGAGGGGAAUGUGUGAGUGUGUGUAUGAGUGUGUUGUUGAUACUCGUUCUACUCUUGCCAUCUUGUUGGAAAAAAAAGCAUGGCUUUGUUUUGCUUAGGGACCAGUAGCUUGGCUACCUGAAUGGACAAGUGAACCAGCCAGGCUUCUGAAGCUAAAAUGUUGAUUGUAUUUAACUUUUAUUUUUAUCUUCACUGUUCUCCCCACCGCAAAAAUGUAAGAUUUCUAUUGACUUGUUGAAAUAAAAUGCUGCUACAUAUUUUCAA